AUGGACUGUGCGGCGGCGGCGGCGGCGAUCUACCGGCUGCCGGUGGAGUGCGUGGCGCACGCGAUCGCGAUGACUACGCCGGGGGACGCGCUCAGCUCCUCCGCCGUGUCCCCGGCGUUCCGGGCCGCGGCCGACUCCGACGCCGUCUGGGACCGCUUCCUGCCGCGCGACCACGCCGACGUGCUCGCCCGCGCCGACGACGCCGGUGACCACCGCGAGUGCUCCAUGUCCAACAAGGAGCUCUUCACGCGGCUCUGCAGCCGCCCGGUCCUCCUCGACGGCGCCACCAUGAGCUUCGGGCUGGACAGGCGGAGCGGCGCCAAAUGCUGGAUGCUGUCGGCCAGGGCGCUGAGCAUCGUGUGGGGCGACGACCCCUCCUGCUGGACAUGGACUGCCGACCUCCCCGGAUCACGGUUUCCUGAGGUGGCCGAGCUUGUGGACGUGUGCUGGCUAGAGAUCACCGGGAAGCUGCAGCUCUCCCUGCUCACCCCACGGACCACCUACGCCGCCUACCUCGUCUACGCCAUCGCCGACGACUCCUACGGCCUCGAGUGUAACAUCGGCAUCCUGCCGCCCAAGGCCACGGUCACCGUCGUCGUCUCCGGGAACAGUACCAAGCCGACGUCAACCGCGACGUCCACGUCGACGGAGAACACUAUCUGCCUGCAGCACAUGCAGGGGGAGGAGGAGACGGCGAUGCACCGGCGGAGGCAGGAGUACGUGCGGCCACGGAAGAACUACGGGUGGAAGCUGGUCAGGGAGGCCGACAUGGACAUCAGGUGCCCGCGACGAAGAGGGGACGACGGGUGGACGGAGGUCGAGCUGGGCGAGUUCGCCGUGGCCGGCGAGGAGGACGGGGUGGUCGAGGUGAGCCUCAAGGAGGUGGAGUGCCGGCGGUGGAAGAGAGGGCUCAUCGUGCAGGGCAUCGAGAUAAGGCCCAAGCACACGAACUAA